AUGUGUAUUUUAUGCAGUCAUAGAAAGAAAGGGGGAUUCGAAAACACAGCCAUAGGAACAUGGUCCAAAGGAGUCAGCUUAAUUUUUUGUUCGUCUAUAUUUUUAUUACAUUUCGUGAAUGAAGAUGAACUGAGCAUAUUAAACAAAAUAGAAGUAGAUGGAGAGAAUAAAAUGGUUUAUUACUUAAGUAUAUACAAUUUAAUAGGUGCAGGAACGUUGUUAUUGUUUUCUUUAUUGGGACAUUUUAUUUAUAAGCCUCUUUUACGCCCAAUUUAUUUAUGCUCUUUUAUCGUUUCUCUAUUUUUAAUUGCAUCUGGAGUUUACACUACUUCGAUAAGUAAGAAUACAUCUUUGAAAAUUAUUGGAAUAAUGGAUGCAUUAAAAUUUCAUCCCGAUUAUAUGCUUUUAAGUAAAAUAAAUAAUUUAGAUGAAGUUGGAGGUCCUAAGGUUAUUCAAUCAGAAGAUGGUAUAGGUCUAAGAGAGGUAGCCAAAGGGGUGAGUGGUCUUCCAGAUAUAUCUACAUUUGAUGCAACAAAGGUUUUAGAAAUAAUAAAAGAUCGUGAAUCUUUUUUGGGUACUAAAAAAGAUCUAUUAUUAAAGAGCUUAACUAAAGAAGAUUUAUUGAAAAUGUUUAAUAAUAUAAGAGAGUCGGAUCCUAGUGUACAUAAAGAUUUAGUGGAAAAUACGUUAUUAGAAUUAUAUGAAAAAAUAAAAAAUAUUCGUAUGAAUUUUGAUAUAUAUGAUAAGUUUUAUAAAUUUAUGGAAAACAAUCCUGUUCCUUUUAUAACUAGUUCAGAAAAAUUAAAAAAAUUUACAGAAAAAUUUCAGCAUGUUUUUGAUCGUUAUAAUAAAUCCCUUUUUAAUAAUUUAAAAUAUGAUUUAGUAAAACAUGAUAAUGAAAUUAUUAAAAUAUAUUUAGAUUCAACUGAAAAAAUUAAAAAAGUAAGAGCUAAAAAUAAUAAUGCUAAAUUAGAUGAAUAUAUAGACGACUUGAAGAAAAGAAACAUCCUCAUCUUGGCAUCUUCACUUUUAAUGAUGUCUUUCAUUUAUAUUCACAAAGGAGCAACGCUAACCUCCAAAAGUUCUAUGGCGAUUACUUCAAUGUACGUACCCUGCAUGUCUUAUCUGAUUACUCUGGCAUGCAUUUUCGUUUGCAGCGGGAUUUUUUUCUUCUCCAUAAUUGGAUUAGUUCUCUACGUAUUCAGCCUGAUAUUAAUCUUUUUUUUAAUAUUUUCCCAAUGUCUAUGCGAACGAUUAUUUAAGCUUUUUAUGGGAUUUAUUUUUUUAUGUUUACUUUUUUUUUGUUUUUUAAUCGGAUAUAUCUUAAUUGAAGAUUUUAAUGAAGGAUCAAAAGUUUAUAACGAGUAUAAGAAAAAUGACUACAACGAUUUUUACUGGGUACUACUAAACAAAAGAACGUAUGAGCAUUUUAAAAGUUUUGUUUUGUUUUCAAAUGGACAAAUGUUUUUAGUAUGUAUAGCUUUGUGUGGCUUUUUGACAACAUAUUCUCUUUAUUGUGUUUUCUACACCUUUCGAUCUAUUUGUGCUCCAAAGGAGCAGCUUCCCACUCAUGUGUAA